GGAAAGGGCCCUCGGCCCUCAGAAGACACAGGCAGGCAGAGAGAGGGCCUGGGGAGGCCCCCCAGAGCCACUGCUUUCUCUUGCCCCAAGAAAAACUGCCAGUGUCAUCCAGGGCCACAGACAGGCGGCAUGGGGGAGAGCGGGUCUCACCUGGGCAGCCAGAGCUGAUGACAUGUCGGCCACCACAGGGCAGCCCCAACCCAGAGACACAGCAGCAAGAGAAACGGAGGGCCCAAGGUAGCAGAAGAGGAAGGAAAUCCCAGAGGAAGAGAAACUGAACAGGGGAGACACCCAAAGGGAAGCUGGAGAGGAGGCUGACAAAGGAAAAGACCCGAUGAACCAACCAAGCGAGGUUGGCCAAGGGCAGAGUCCCGGCAGAGACCGAACGUGAGGAAGAGAGACGGAGAGACACAGGUGGCAAAGCAGAAAGGCCAGGACUGCUGUGAGACGAGACAGUCUGCUCUGCAGAAACACCAAAUAAGCCUUCGUGCCACCGUCCUCCCUGCGAGGCCCUCUCUGGGCCUCCACCCUACCCCUGCAUGCCCUAGGCUGGGUGCUGAGACUCACAGGCACAGGGUCAAGCACACUCAUGCCAAGGGGCAGCCCUAAUCCCCCUGCCUCUUGGGUUGAAGGGGCGUUGGGACAAGGUACACCAGGACAGAGACUCUUCCACCCUGGACCUCCGAGUGCACCUGCAGCUGCUGUCAAAGAAACGGGGAGCACCCUUCCUGCUCCCGAUCCCCGCCCACGGGGGGCUGAAGGGGCCGAGGGUGGCGAUGGCGAUGUUGAUAACCUCAUUUGCAAGACAGCCUACUUACCAGACGAUUUCACAAGCACCAGCUCAAAGGAGUAUCACAACCACGUGUGACGUUGGGGAAUCGGCCAUUUUACGGACCAGAGGAGGUGAGGCCCGCCGCCACUCGCCCGCGGCCCCGCGGCAAACAGUAUCGGCUCCUGAGUCUCCGGGGGGCCGAAUGCUGACGGUGCCCUUCCAACUCUUGCUGCCUCCCUGGCCAGUGUGGCAAUGCGUGGGGACUAAGGGAGAUGAAAAUACUGACCCUGACCCCACGCCCCAGCUGGGCUCAUAUGAUGGGCGUGCUCUCCCCCAGGCCAGAGGGGAAACACGGCCCCCACCGCCCACAGCAGCUGCCGGGUACCCUGACGCUCUCUGGCCCGCGAACAUCAGCGCCUUCAUGCCACAGCCAGACAGUGUCCCACACGACCCGCAGGUGAUCCCGUCCACCGGAGCUUGGGGAAGCCAACAGAACUACCAGCCCAGCCCCCAGCAGCCUUUCAGAGCGGGCUGCCAAGCUGCAGAUCUCCCCCGCCUCCUUUUUUUUCUAGAAUGCCUCAGAAUUAGAUCAGGGUAUAGAACUGAACGAAAGACCACCCCUCCUCAAAAACAGAUCCACAUCCACAACAUUGUCCCACGGGAAGAUGCUUUAGCUUCACCAAAUGCUUCUUUUCAAAUACUAUCCGAUCCUAACGGUCGCGUAUAUUUCAGCCUGCAUUCUUAGAUCAGAUUGCUUUCCAGACCGCUGAGAUCGGCCUGCAUUUAGGCGGAGCAAAGAAAAGUAAGGUUGGGACAGGGCGUAACUUGGGAGAGAAUGGCACUAUUCUCCUUCCGGGAAUCAAAUUAAUACGGCUUUAUUGAUGGCCUGCUUUUGCCUGGACAACUUAGUCAUCACCGAGGGUACGACACACACACGAUCACUGCCUCCAGGAGCUUACAGUCUAACAGAAUUCACAGGGUCCCCCCUGCCCCCCAGCCUCCACACUGCUGUCGGACCUGACAGCUCUUUCCAGGGCAAACAACAUGGUCCCAGCCAUGCUCACUCCUGCAAUAUCUCUACGAUCUGGCCUUCUCUC